AUGUCGGGUAACCGCAUCAUGGUCGGAAAUCUGCCCUACGAGGCCGACGAGCGCGCAAUCUCGGACGCGCUCGGCCACCUCGGCCACAUCACCGACUGCAAGGUCAUCACCGACAGGGAGACCGGCAGGUCCCGGGGUUUCGGCUUCGUCACCUUCGCCGACGCGUCCGCGGCGGCGGCGGCGGUGCAGACGAUGCACGGCGCCGACAUCAUGGGACGCGCGUGCCGCAUAGACUUCAGCGAGGAUCGCAGGGGAGGCGGAGGAGGAGGCGGGGGCAGGGGCCCGCCUGGCCCGCCCGGCGGCUACGCACCAUCCGGCGGCGGCGGCGGAUACGAUCGCGACAGGAGCGGCGGAUACGAUCGCGACAGGGGCGGCGGAUACGACAGGGGCGGUCGCGACAGUCGCGGGGGAGGAGGCUACGACGGGGGCGGUCGUCCGCCCCCGCCCACGGACCAACCCCCGCCCCCGCCCGACUCGUCCGCGUACGGCGGCUACGCCGGUCCCGUCGUCGAGGCUGGCGCGGGCGCCCGCGGCGUGUGCAACGAUUUCCUUCGGGGCGCGUGCAAGUGGGGCGAUCGAUGCCGCUACUCGCACGUCGGCGGAGCGUCUCAAGCUGCGCCCCCGCCUUCGGACCGAAGGGACGACGGCCCGAAGGUGGAGCUCGGCGGUGACUGGAACUGCGACGGGUGCGGCAACAGCAACUUCUCCUGGCGCAAAACCUGCAAGAAGUGCAACGCGCCAAAGUCGCAGGCUCUGAAAGACGCGGAGAAGGCGGCUACCGGGGGUUGGCUCACCGCUGGUCUCUCGGACACCAGCAACAGGAUCUUCGUCAAGGGGUUCGACCCGGAGAAGGUGAACGAGGACGACCUGAAGGAGCUCUUCGGCGGCAUCGGGAUCAUCGCGCGCGUCAGGCAGCGGCACGGUUUCCCCGACCAGUGGCCCCACGCCGUCAAGAUCUACAAAGACGAAGCCGGCAAGCCGAAGGACGAAGCCGUCAUCAAGUACGACGAUCCGAUGGCGGCGCAAUCCGCGCCGGGUUUUUACGACGGGUUCGAGCUGAAGGGGAGUAAGCUGUCGGUGUCCAUCGCCACCUCCAAGGAGAGGCCCGAGGACGAGGGCGGCGGCGGCGGCGGCGGCGGGGGAUACGGCGGUCGCGGCGGGGGAUACGGCGGCGGUCGCGGCGGGGGCAGGGGCGGGGGGGGAUACGGCGGCCGCGGCGGCGGGGGCCGGGGUGGGGGGUACCGCGGCGGCGGCGGGGGAGGGGGCUACGGCGGCGGGGGAGGGGGCUACGGCGGCGGCGGGGGAGGGGGCUACGGCGGCGGUGGGGACCGCGGCGGAUACAGGGGAGGCGGCGGGGGAGGGUACGACAGGCACCGGCCUUACUGA